AUGGCGAAAGAAUCAGUCAUUCCGAUUCUUUCCUCGCCCGAGGACGAAGCCGCGGUCAUUCCGUCGUCUCACAUGUUGAGCGCGAGAUAUGCGGCCGAGAACUCUCCUUCCGUCGAGAGAAAAAAGAGAAAGAGGUCAAUGAAAAGGAAUCAGACCCCAGAGUCCCCGAAGCCUUCUAAGAAAACGAAACUCAAUAUUCACCCAUCGGGCUGGCGCAAAAACCGAAAGCAGGACAGCCCGAAGCUGAUGACUCCAUCGCCGCUCGCCUCCUUCCCUCGACCUCACAAGCCAAAUCACCCGUUCAUGAAGACCUCGACAAUUCAAUCUGAGCGUCACGCUGUUGAGCCCGAAGUUGAGGAGCCCUCGAAGUCUCCCAUCCAGGACACAGAAGACGGAGAGCCGGUUGCGACUAUCGAGACCGAUGACGAUAUCGAGACUGGUGCCACGGUCGAUGCUGGUAGCACCGACUCGGAUGACAUGCCCAUAGCUAGCAGGUCGUACAAAAGAAGCCCAUUCGUCGGCCAGACCUACGAAGUCCUCGAACAGCUCAUCGAAGACAGAGCCAGUCCCGACCUCGGCACACAGCCUACCCAGAGACUCGGACCCUCCAGCAAUGUGCCUGGAAAAGAGACACUCGCGGAUGAUGAUAAUUGCUACAUCUCCAAGGCCGCCUUCAACCUCCUCACAGCUCGCCAUAUGACUCUACAGCACAUGGUCAAGACGUUCAUCGACUCAGUGAACGAACUUGAGACCACAAGCAAGGGCGACAGGGAUAUCCGCGACGGAAUCCUAGCCGAGGCCAAGUCUCUUCAAAUAGGCAUCAAGGCAGUCUCCAAUGCUGCAUUCGAGCUCCCGUAUGCCAAUCGAACUGGCGCCGCUGCCCGAGCAGCUGCGGGCAAGACCCUUGCAGACAUCGAGAAGUUCAACAAGAAGAAGAGGAUUCACGCUGAAGCCAAGGCUGCUGCCGCGGCGCAGCAGGCUGCUACAGAGGAGGCUAGGAUCGCAGAGAUGGUGAACAACGAUAGCGCUGGCGUUCAAGACAAUCUGGAGGAUGAGGAGGACGUGGACAAUCCUGAGGAGCAGGCAGCUGGCACUGAUGGAGAACCAAUGGAUGAGACGGAGUGA